AUGGAUAGACAAAGUCAAAGAUAUAAUCUUUUGGAUGAAAUCGACAUUGAAAAAGACAAUUGGAAUAUUAGAGUUAGAGUCACAAGAAUGUGGGAAGUUCUUAACAUUAAAACAAAUAAUGAACUUAUAAGUGUUGAUUUGGUGCUUCUUGAUGAGAAGGAUAAUCUUAUUCAUGCAAGUAUUAGAAAGUCAUUUGCUAAUCAUUUUAGAGAUAUACAAGAAGAAACAAAUGAUGAACUACUUGCAAAACAAAAAUUUGAAUUGGUUCCAUUUGAUGAGCUAAAAUAUCUUGCUAACAAAAACACAACUCUAACAGAUGUAAUAGGAGAAAUCGUAGGAAUUUCUCCCAUGGAAAAGAUAGAGGUGCGUGGGAAAAAAAUGAACAAAAGGCUAAUUGAACUUCAAGAUAACAGGAGGGAAAAAAUUAGAAUCACAUUUUGGGAUAAAUUUGCAAAGGCAAUUAAUGAAGAUAUAUGUCUUGAUAAUUUUGUGCUGCCUAUUAUAAUUAUCACAUCAACCACAACCACUGUCAAGACUUAUAUGAGGAAAUUAUCAUCGUCUUCUACAAACUCUUCAAAGUUGUAUGUGAAUUUAGAUAUUCCAGAGGUCAUAGAGUUAAGAAAAAGUCUUGAAGAAACUGAAUUCAGCCUUGAUGAGAAAGAGAAGAAGAUUGAGUUGUUGCAACUAUCACGUUCAAUUCUUGACCCUAAUGAGAUUUCUAAGAUGAAAAGAACACUAUUGGAAAUUUUGACCUUUAUAAAGACUGAAAAAGAACAGGACAUAACAUUUUAUUGCACAGCCUCAAUUAAAAAGAUCAAUGUUGAGAAUGGAUGGUAUUAUGUCUCCUGUGAUGAGUGUCCUAAAAAAUUGAAAAAACAUGAAUCCAAACUAUUUUGUGAGACAUGUAUGAAAGUAUGUGGAUUCCCAAAAAUUAGACUUGACAUGCAAGUUGGUGAUACAACAGAACAUGCAAAUUUUGUAGUGUUUGACAAGGAAGCAGAGAAGUUAAUUAAAGUGCCUGCUAUGCAACUCUCCAAUAUGGAAGAAGAGGAUGAAGACAAUGACAAUAUUAUUCCAAGUAGCAUCAAAUGCAUAAUUGGAAAAACCUACAUCUUCCAACUGAAAAUUACUGUAUACAAUUUUUUCGUUCACAAACAAAACUUUACAGUAACUAGCGUCAUUGAAAUUGAAGGAAACGGACAAUUACAGGAAACAACAAAAAGAGGGGCUAACAAUGGAAAUGAAGUACUUCAAGAAAAAAUCUGUGCACAAGAAAAGAAAAGAAAGAUUGUGAAGAAAGAAAUAAAAAAAGAGGAAGUGGAAGAUCAUAUAGAAGUGUUAGAGGAUUAG